CGAAAUUUGUGUGUAUUGGACUAUUAUCGUUUUCUUUCUCGGAUGUUCUUCUGGUUUAAGUGCUCGCUUAUCAUGUUGUAGCUCUGCAGACGUAUCAUAUUAUACACGUUCUCAGUCUUGAUCGGUUCAUUCAACGAAGUCGUUAGAGUGAGAGAAGUUGAAAUGGCAAGCAACAAGAUGGAUGCAUCGUGUAUUGAGUUAGCUCUUGAAGGGGAAAGACUAUGCAAAGCUGGUGAUUGCAAAACAGGUGUGCAAUUCUUUGAAGCAGCCGUGCAAGUUGGUACAGAUGAUCUAAAGACACUGAGUGCUAUCUACAGUCAACUUGGCAAUGCUUAUUUUUAUCUUCAAGAAUAUGGAAAGGCAUUGGAAUACCACAAACAUGAUUUAACAUUAGCUCGUACAAUAGGUGACAGAUUGGGGGAAGCAAAAGCAAGUGGUAACCUAGGCAACACAUUGAAGGUUCUUGGCAAGUUUGAUGAAGCUGUUGUAUGCUGUCAGCGACACCUAGAUAUUUCUAUUGAACUCGGUGACAAGGUUGGCGAAGGACGUUCACUUUAUAACCUUGGCAACGUGUAUCAUGCAAAGGGUAAACAUGCUGGAAGAUCAGGACACACAGACCCCGGAGAUUUCCCACAAGAAGUUAAAGCAUGCCUUCAAAAAGCUACUGAAUAUUAUGAGGAUAACUUAGCAAUUGUUAAAAAGUUAGGCGAUAAAGCGGCACAGGGAAGAGCAUGUGGUAACCUAGGCAACACACAUUAUUUACUUGGUAAUUUCAGCAAGGCGAUCAUGUAUCAUGAAGAGCGACUUGCUAUUGCAAAGGAAUUUGGUGAUAAAUCUGCCGAGAGGAGAGCGUAUAGUAACCUUGGUAAUGCACAUGUAUUUUUAGGUGAAUUCGAAAUUGCAGCCGAGUACUAUAAGAAAACUCUGCAGAUAGCCAGACAGCUGGGAGACUCUGCCAUUGAGGCACAGGCUUGUUAUAGUCUUGGCAACACCUUCACUUUACUUAGAGACUACGAGUCUGCAAUUGAAUACCAUAUGAAACAUUUAAAAAUUGCACAACUGUUAGGAGAUCGAGUUGGAGAAGGGAGAGCCUGUUGGAGUCUGGGAAAUGCCCAUACUGCACUCGGUAGACGUGAGAAGGCAUUACAUUUCGCCACACAGCAUCUUGAUAUUUCAAGAGAGGUUGGUGACAAAACGGGAGAAGUUACUGCUCAGAUGAAUCUCACCGAUCUACGAUCAAUUCUAGGAAUUCAAGAGUUGAAUAAAACAGAAAGUGACCAUAGUCUUAAUUCAAAGUCAACUCCACAACAAAAUAAUCUGAAAGUGACCACAAAUUACACUGCAGCUGUUCAGAAGAACAAGGCUGGCAUGGGAAGUACACCAUCAAAUGGUGUUGCUAUGACAACCAAUAGUAAAUCCAAACAUUCUUCGUAUACUGAAACAUACAGCAGUCGUCCCAGAAGACACAGUAUGGAACUUUUAGAAUUGGUGCAAAUGACACCAGAAAAGUAUGCAGCUUCGGGAGCCAGUAGUGCAAGCUCUAGUAAUAGCGUUAGUAAAAACAAGAAAGUUAAACACAAAAGUGAUAAGAAGGGCUCAAGGAAAGGAUCAGCUGCUUCCACAGCAAGUAACUCGAGCAGUAUAGCGUCUUCGGGGUCCUCUAUUAAAGCAGAGCAAGUCAAGAUACAGGUACCUCAACGGAAGCUUUCACCGGAUAUGAUUGAUGAUGACGGCUUCUUUGAUAUACUCAGUCGUUUCCAAGGCAACAGAAUGGACGACCAACGGUGCUCUUUUCACAAACUUGAUGCAGGAAAACAAGAAGAAGGUGCUGAAGCAGCAAUAUCACCACAAAAAGAAGAAUUCUUGGAUAAGAUAGCAUCAUUCCAGAGCAGUCGGAUAAAUGAGCAAAGAGCUAGUCUACCAAAACUGCCAGGUCUUCGUACAAAUAUGUUAGAGCAAUUAGUCACUAGCGAAUCACAAGUGCCCGAUGAUAAUUUCUUUGAAAUGCUAAUGAGAUGUCAGGGUUCCCGUAUUGAAGAUCAAAGGAGCAAUCCACCCCCUCCACCAAAGGCACCCACAGUACCAGAUGAAGACUUCUUUAACCUUAUACAAAGGUUACAAUCAGGUCGACUCGAAGAACAAAGGUCAACGCUACCAGAAAAGAAGAAGCCAAAUCAAAACGAUCCAAAGGGUAAACAUUGAACACCAACUCCUGCAUCGAAGUAAACUUGGAAGUGCACCAUCAAUUAUAUCAUGAAAUUUCCAUUCCUGGUUUAUGUGGCGCCAACAGUGACUGUUUAUAUACACCUUUCUUCUAAAAAGUGGUUCUGUUACUUUCAUCUAUAUUUGAAUUAAUUUGAUACAAGGAGAUAGCAAUUCCUGUUAUUGAUGUUAAAGGAAAACUUACAGAAAUUUUACGCUGAACAGACAGCAGUGCAUUAUUGGCAAAAAGUCAAGGAUCCCUUGAAGAUAUCAUAAUUAUACUAUUCUCUCAUAAACAAGAAUCGUUAUUCGAUAUAUUCAAUAUGAAAAGUCAAUGUCAGUUUUUAUUACCUCUCACAAAACAAAUGCGCAAAUCAAAAUUGAAUAA